UUUGCAUGUAAAUCAGUUUUUUUUAAAAGAGCAGCAUGCUGCGAUGGAUUCUGGGGGGUCGAGAGGCGCAGGGGACAGUGGAGAAGAGCGCGGCGCUGUUCAUUGGGGAGGAACAGCCCAAAAACUGUUUCACGGAGAUGCAGGUGCUGAAAGGACACUUUGACAUUGUUCGAUUUCUGGUGCAGAUUGAUGACUUAAGGUUUGCAUCUGCUGGAGACGAUGGUCAGGUGCUGAUUUGGAAUGUCGAGACUGGUGAUUGUUUGUUGGAGUUGCGGGGCCAUACGCAGCAGAUCACUGCAAUGACAUCAUACACCAUCAUCAGAGGCGGAAACACACACACAGCGCUCAUUACAGCAUCAUCAGACCGAACACUCAGUUUAUGGGAUCCAGAUUCAGGAAACCGAGUGCAGAAUAUAUCUGAUCUCCAGUCCUCUGUGAAGUGUUUGCUGGUGUUGGGUCGCUUGGACGUGUGGCUCUCGGGUGGAAAUGAACUGUGUGUUUGGAACAGAGACUUUGAGCUGAAGUGUAAAACGGUUCAUCACAGUGAUGAAGGAAUCUCAGCCAUGCUGGAGCUUCCCAAGAACUUCAUUGCAGCUGCCAUGGAUAAAGAGAUUGUGAUUUUUAAGUUGAACCUGUCGGGCUCAGACAUUGUGGUUAUGGCCAUGCGUCAUCUAGCCGACCAUCGGGACACCAUCCAUUCUCUCAUCAACAUCAACGACGGCUUGUUUGCGAGUGGCUCUCACAUCGGUGAGCUCAUCAUCUGGGAUUCAGUGGAUUGGACGAUCCAGGCUUAUGAGCACAUUGUGUGGGAGGAGCCAGCAGUGGACAACCAAUCAGAGGUCAGACUGACUCAACAGAAACCCAUCGAGAAGUCCAUUCAACACAUGAGCUCAGAUGGAGAGUUUAUCGUGGCAGCUGUCGGCAGUGGUCUGUAUGUUUAUGAUGUGCCGAUGAAGAGUGUGGUGGCGUACAGGAAGAUCGCCCAUGAUUCCAAUGUCUUGCACACCAUGCUGCAGAAGGACGGGCAGUUGAUGUCGUGCUCGGAGGACGGCAGUGUGAGGAUGUGGGAGUUACAGGACCUCCCCCUUCCUGCCGAACCCGCCUCCUCAGGGUUUUUUGGCAUGUUUGGCACUUUUGGCAGGUCCAGUAAGCAGUCAUGCCCUCCUGUCACGAAACUCCCAGAAGUCCCUGGUCUGCGCUCGCUGCAACUGAACGGGGAUCUGAUUGGUCACUCUGGAGCUGUGCAGAUGUUCCUGAGUUUUAAGGAGAAGGGUCUGGUCACCUGCUCCACGGAUCACCUGCUCAUCGUGUGGAAAGAUGGAGAGAUGCAGUCUCAACUCCGCAGUCUCGCCGUCUUCCAGAAACUGGAGGAAAAUCAGGAACUGUGACGUAACCUGCAAACAAACAUUUCCCCCAUCGUCUUCAGGUCGUGUUUUAAAUACGAACACCGAUCCUUUGCCUUACUAACCGUCUGCAAAGCCAUGUCACAUCAGUGUUCAAAUUGUUUCAGUAUGAUACAAUGCUUACAAUGUUGUGAUUUUAGUUUGUUGGUUUUAUGAGUGGGUUUUAAGUAAGUGUCUUAUAGUAAACGUCUGUUGAUUUGUAUAUAUUGUGUGAUUGAUGCGAGUGUAAUUUUAAAACUGAUUUAUUUAAAGUGCAAUGGUAACGCUUUACAAUAGUCUUAUUUGUUAACAUUAGUUAAUGCAUUAGCUAAUAUGAACUAACAAUGAGCGUGAUCAUUUUGUUACAGCA